CCAGCUGGACAUGCUGCUGCUGUUGCUGCUGCUCUGGGGCGUGAAGGGGGUAGAGGGUGGAGAUGACGCCCUGAAGGGUUACACUCUGAGUGUGAAAACGAAGAUAGUGGUGCAAGAAGGCCUGUGUGUCCUGAUACCCUGUAAGUUCUCCUACCCCAAGGAGAAAUGGACUGACUCAGACCCCAUUCAUGGAUACUGGUUCUGGGAUGGAGGAAAGAAAGAGCUUGAUUCUCCAGUGGCCACAAAUAACCCACAGCGGCUAGUACUGAAGGAGACCCAGGGCCGAUUCUCCCUGCUGGGACACCCAGGGAGGAAUGACUGCUCCCUGGACAUCAAAGAGACCAGGAAGGAGGAUGUCGGGUCUUACUUCUUUCGCCUGGAGAGAGGACAAGCGAAGUUUAAUUAUCUUCGGAACAAGAUGACUCUGCAUGUGACAGCCUUCACUGAAACCCCCCGCAUCAUUAUCCCGAAGACCCUGGAGGCGGGCCGUCCCAGCAACCUGACCUGCUCUGCGCCUUGGGCCUGUGGGUCCCCCACCUUCUCCUGGACUGGUGCCUCUGUGUCAGUCUUGAGCACCAACACCACUGGUUCCUCAGUGCUGACUGUCAUCCCCCAGCCCUGGGACCAUGACACCAACCUCACUUGUCAGGUGACCCUGCCUGGAUCUGGCGUGACCACAAGAAUGACCAUCCGUCUCAACGUGUUAUAUGCUCCAAGGAAUCUGACUGUCACUGUCUAUCAAGGAGCUAACACAGAAUGCAUAACCCUGCAGAACGGCUCAUUUCUUCAGGUCUCUGAGGGCCAGUCUCUAGGCCUCUUAUGUAGCACUGAAAGCAAUCCCCCUGCAACCCUGAACUGGACCUGGAAUAACCGGAAUCUGUCCUCAAAGCUGUCCAAACCUGGGAUCCUCGAGCUAUUUCUCGUGGAUCUUAAGCAUGAAGUAAUAUACACCUGCCAGGCUCAGAAUGCCCUGGGCUCCCAACACAUUUCCCUGAGACUGUAUCCACUGCGCAGCACAACUUCAUCUGGAAUGACUGUGGGGGCCUUUGUGGGCGCAGGCACCACAACUCUCCUCUUCCUCUUUUGCUGCAUUGUCCUCCUGGCGGUAAGAUACUAUAGGAGGAGACCAGCCAGGCCAGCUGUGGAAGCUCCAGAUUCAAAUGCCCUCAAGGGCUCAGUUUCUCAGAAUGCCCUGGCUGAACCUCAGGCCGACAGCAGCUCUGAACCCCCACCUCCCACAGCCAAGGCGGCCCCCUCAUCCACAGAGGAAGAGGUCCAUUAUGCAUCCAUCAGCUUCCAUGAGAUGAAGCCCAGGAGUCCACAGGGGUCACAGGACAUCACUGAGUACUCGGAGAUAAAGUCACACAAGUGACCCGCAUGGUGCCAUGGCUGGAGGGAGCAGAGCUGCCACAGGGUGAAAGAGACACUGGGUCCCAGCUGGCCAGUGUCCUGCCCAGGACUUCACAGCCAUUCCUCUUAUCACAAGGGAGUUCUGCUGAUGCUCACGCCCCUGCACUCCCUGUCCACCCAAUCCUCAGGCUCUGGCAACCACUAUUGUGUCCAGGAAACCAUAAGCUUGACUUUCUUUUAACUGUAUGUGUGUGGAUGUUUUGCGUGCUUGUAUGUCUGUGCACCAGUUACAUGCCUGGUUCCUGCAGAAGUCAUCAGAUCCCACGGAUUGGAGUUACAGAGGUUUGUGAGCUGCCACAUGGGUGCCUGGAAUUGAACCCAGGCCCUCUAAAAGAGUAGCCAGUGCUCUAAACCAACGAGCCAUCUCUCCAGUCCCGAGAUUGGUUUUUAGGUUUAACUUUUAUUUAAAAACUGGCAUGUAUUAUUUACACUGUGAUACAUUUUGUGACAAUAUUUUCUUCCAACAGUAUCAUGUGCUUUGGCCUUGUUCAUCCCUGUUCGUCUCCCGUCUGUCUUCUCUCAGUUGCUAAUCCCCUUUUUCUACCCAAACAAUCCCUUCUAGUUUCAUGUUGUAUGUGCCAGUUACUUUUCCAGCAUUAAGGCUGGAGAGGCUUAUUAUGGCCCAUGCUUUCUAUCUUUCAUGGUGAGGAAGGCAAUGAGGUGCUUAAGACAGUGGUUCUAUGUGGCAGGAACUCCACAUUCCUUGGUGGGUCAGGAAACAGUGGGCUCAGGCCAGAAUCAAAAGUAGAUAUCCCUCAUCCAGGCCCAGACCCGGACACCUACUUCUACAAGUUGGAACACAUGUCUGAAAGGCUCUGUGGCUUUAGGAAAUAUUGCCAUCAGCUGGGUACCAAAUGUCCAAAAAUAUAAGCCUAUGUGGACCAUAUACAUCCAAACCCAAACUGGAUGGGUAGAUGGUAGUUAGGUAUAUAGGUAGGUAGGUAGGUAGGUAGAUAGAUAGAUAGGUAGAUAGAUAGACAGACAGAGAGAGAGACAGAUAUACAGACAGACAAAUGAUAGACAAUUUGACAGAGACACUGCUCAACUCUGCGUAGCUAUUUUGGAUGUACUGAUGAACACAGCUCAGAGAAAGUCAGAAGACAGAGCACUGUGGAUGCUGAGGAGCUAUCCAAAAUGUCUUAACUUGGCUUCUGUUUCCUGACUUUUAAAACCAGUGAGUGUCUUUUGUGAGGGAAUAGCACAUUAGAAUACAAAACAUAAGAGGGAACGAUGGUGAACUUAACAAUUUUUUUUCCAAUUUUUUUCACUUUGAUGUGAACAUAAAACCGUACUGAACCUGUAUUUGUGCCAUGCACAUUACACUUAUCACUGCUGAUUAAUCGAUACUUGUUGAUUUGUUUUUGAGACAGUAUGAUGGUUUGAAUGAAAUGGCUCCUAUAGACUCAGGAUGUGGCGUUAUUGGAGGUGUAGCCUUGUUGGAGUAGGCAUGGCCUUUUUGGAGGCUUUGAGGUUUCAGAAGCUCAGCCCAGGCCCAGUGUCACUCUGUCCUCCUGAUGCCUGCCAAUCCAGACGUAGAGCUCUUAGCUCCAUCUCCAGCACCACGUCUGCCUACCUGCCACCAUGUCUCCCUCCAUGAAAAUAAUGGACUAAACCUCUGAACUGUAAGCAAGCUCCAAUUAAAUGUCGUCCUUUAUAAGA